CCUGAGUGAGCUCAAAGUAUCCAAAUACAUAGUUUACAUGGUACAUUACAGAAUGGACGGCUAUGUCAUUUCACAGCCACCUGAGGAAAUGAUCACGUAUGAGUCUGAUUUGAGGCCGCCAUUUGACUUCUACCCGUAUCUCAGCACUGAAAGCAACGUACAUGGAGAGCCUGGGUGGGAGUACCAGCCCAUACAUCCACAUCCUAGCGAGCUGGAGACUGCUCCAGGAAGUCAUUUCACGGAGCUACACCCAUCCCACUAUCGCUAUGGCGACAUGGAAUCGUACCACGUCCCACUGGACCCCAGUAUGGGCGGGCUUCUCCCUGGAGUUCCUCAACAGUUAGCAUACAUCUCCCAUCCACUGCGCUACCAGCCUUCCCCUGCUGUCCACUGCAGCACGGAUGAGGAGGACAUGGGGGGACGUAGUCCUCCUUUCGAGGUGUCUGAGGGAGAGGACGAGCACGUGGAUCGGCAUGCCAGCACCUCCAGCGCAGAAUCUGGAAACAAGAGGAAAGUCCGCCUGUACCAGUUCCUACUGGACCUGCUGCAGGACGGGGACAUGAAAGAGUGCAUUUGGUGGGUGGACAGAGAACGGGGAACGUUCCAGUUCUCCUCCAAACACAAGGAGACCCUGGCGAACCGUUGGGGUCAUCAGAAGGGCAACCGUAAGAGAAUGACCUAUCAGAAGAUGGCUAGGGCCCUGCGGAACUACGGCAAGACAGGGGAGGUCAAAAAGGUGAAGAAAAAGCUAACUUACCAAUUCAGUGGGGAGGUGCUGAGGAGGUUGUCUGCAGAGAGAAGGCUGUACCAGCACUAACAAACUAAGAGAAAGAGAGAGGACUGGGUUCUGGAUUACAUGAUGGUGCAACGCUGGCACACUGAAGCACUGCAAAAAAAGAAAAAAAAUAUAUAUAUCCUGAUGCCAAUUUCUCUCCAAUGACUUUUUCAUCUCAGGGAGCUGUUUAGGAAACAUCUCGAUGAAAUACUUCUUUUGAGUUUCAGCAUUAAAUGAACUUAUUCA